AUGAGGACUGCCAUAGGGGCUUUCGUUCCUUUCCUCUCUUUGAAUUUCCUCAUUACCCUUCCUUCUCUUGCCUAUGCCUUGCCUGCCCCUGGUUGUCCAGAGUCCUGCUCAGUUGUCGGUUCAAAUCCGAGUAACUGGACCUGGAUUGUUGACCAAAGUUAUUUAAGCAUUUGUGAGCAGCCUAUCUUAUUUGACUAUCAUAUCGACCGGGACUCGAGCUCCAACUUGGUUGUACGCUCUUGUGCUGUCCUUGAGCCUUUCCCCGAGCGAUCCCAAACCUUGAAUGUGCAAGAAAUGAAAUGGAGCAAUGUCAAUAGCAAGGAUUCAGAAAUUGUCGAGCAGUCAUUGAUCGUAUCGAAGUAUUGCGGGGCAUCCCAGCAACCUUCAGAUGUUACCGUUCGGGUGGGCCCUGCUGGUACUAUCAAGGCUACCAAUGAUUCCAAUACCGCAAUCGCGAAUCUAGCAUCCUACAUGACCAAUGCUGCGUCAUGUGGCACUACCAUACUUCUGUCAAAGGCUGGGGACUCCGUGGCUGCGCUUUAUGCCGGUGCAGAUGUCUAUCAAAGCGCUGUUGGAUCAUAUCUUCUCGACUUCGACAAGCAAUUUACAGCCGGAUCCCAGACAGCUCAAUCCUGCGACUCAAGCUCGAAGCGAGAUUAUACCAUUGGUGUUUAUAUUGUGAACUCAUUGGAUGAACUUGAAGAUAUCGAUCACGCCUUGCAGACAUGGUCCGAGGGCAACUGUCUUGACUCGGACGGUCAUGACUCGAUCCAAUUAAAGACCACUUUGCUUGGUGUCUCUGAAGUCAGCAAGAGAUCAAUAUCCUCACCAGUCGAAGGUUUUUUAGCCCCUCGUGGUGAUUGCAGGACCGUCGAAGUCAUCUCAGGAGACGGUUGUGCGUCAUUAGCAAGUCGCUGUGGUAUAUCAGGAGCCGAUUUUGACAAGUACAACACCGAGACUAGUCUUUGCAGUACCUUGAAAGUUUCGCAACGUGUUUGCUGCUCAGCGGGAUCUCUGCCAAAUAUCAUCCCUAAGCAGCAGUCAGAUGGCACUUGUGGCACCUAUACUAUCCAGGCGAACGACAACUGUGCAGAUCUCGCGGUUCAUUUUGGUAUCACACAAGAUGAUAUCUAUGAACUCAACAAAGAAACUUGGGGGUGGGCUGGCUGUGGCGUGAACGAUCUCAAAAUAGGCCAAAUCAUCUGUUUGAGUGAAGGCAAUACCCCCAUGCCGGCCCCAUUGAGUAAUGCUGUUUGUGGUCCUCAGGUACCUGGUACCAAAGCUCCGUCAGGAGAUUAUAAUGGUUGGAAUCUUACCAAGCUCAACCCUUGUCCCCUGAAUGCUUGUUGCUCAGGUUGGGGCUUCUGUGGCACCACUGGUGAAUUUUGUACCGAGUCACCCGCCUCGACAAAAGCCCCAGGGGCCUUCCAAAGUGGCAAAAAUGGAUGUAUCUCCAACUGUGGCACAGAUAUCGUUAACAAUGAUGACGCUCCGGACAAAUUCUACCAUGUUGCUUAUUUUGAAGUCUUCAACCUCAAGCGCGACUGUCUGAACAUGGACGUCAAUGAAAUCAGCGACACAUCCGUGACCCAUGUGCACUUCGCUUUUGCUGGAUUGACUUCCGAUUUUGAUGUUGCAUUCGAGACCGAUGAGUACGAAGCGCAGUUUGAAAAAUUCGUCAAGAAUGAUGCUUUAUACAAAAAGAUUCUUUCGUUUGGAGGUUGGGCCGAGUCAACCUCCGCCGCAACGUUCCAGCUUUACCGUGAUGUCGUCAAGUCUGGAAAUCGUGAGAAGUUUGCUACGAAUAUUAAGGCAUUCUUUGAGAAAUAUGAUGGACUAGACGGUAUCGACUUUGAUUGGGAGUAUCCUGGAGCCACUGAUAUCCCUGGCGUACCUGCAGGCUCCAAAACUGACGACGACAAUUACCUUAAUUUCCUGAAGUUGAUGAAGAGCACCCUUGGCGAUAAGUCCCUUUCAAUUGCUCUGCCUGCUUCAUAUUGGUACCUGAAGACAUUCCCAAUCGCCAAAAUGUCCGACUAUGUUUCAUACUUCAUCUACAUGACUUACGACCUUCAUGGCCAGUGGGAUUAUAAUAAUGCCUACGCAGAUGAGGGCUGCCCCACCGGAGACUGUCUUCGAUCGCAUGUCAACAAGACUGAGACUAUCAACUCUCUUGCGAUGAUCACCAAGGCCGGUGUGCCUGCGAGCAAAAUCUUUGUUGGAGUUUCAAGCUACGGUCGCAGCUUUGGCAUGGUCGACCCAACCUGCACUGGCCCUAUGUGCAAAUACGGUGGCGCUUUUGAUGUUUCCACUGCCGAGGCUGGAACUUGUACCAACACUUCUGGCUACAUCUCAAACGCCGAGCUCAAUCUGAUCAUGGAGGGUGUGAAUGCGAGUGAUAGCGGCUACAAGGGCCGCACGUGGUAUGAUGAGGAUUCCGCUUCAGACAUCAUGGUUUACGGUACUCAAGGCGAAAUCACUACUUGGGUGGCAUACAUGUCCGACGACACCAAGGAGGCACGCAUUGAUUGGAUCAAAGGACUCAACUUUGGAGGCGUCACUGAUUGGGCUAUCGACCUUCAAGACUGGAACUUGGGUGUUGAACCCGACUCCGAUGAAGCUCAGGACAUUGAUCUUCCCGCUCUACCCACUGGAUGUUCUUCUCACGAUUGGCCGGACAAUCUGGAGGACUUGAGGAACAACAUUGAUAAGAUUGAUUUAGGCUGUCGGGCUCAGGCUGUUGUUUGGGUUUUAAUCAAAAUUCUUCCCGACAUCCUGAAAAACUAUCAAAGUGCAGCUGACAAUUAUGAUGAAUACUUCAAAUAUUAUGCCGAAUGGGUCAGAAACGGCAUCGAUGAUUCAUUGCCACGCUUUAUGUGGGGUGAUGGAAGGGAUUACAUGGACUGCAAAUGGUCAUCUGCAUCAGAUGGCAGUGGCGAUGCGGCUUGUACAGAAAUGGUCGUCCCAGAAGGACAGCCAGGCCAAGGUCAAGUCGUUAUCACAUAUACAGUACGUGAUGAAGAUGGGUUUUACAAAGCCCUUCAAGCCGAUUAUGGAAUUGAGAAGGACUGGAUUAUGUGGAAAGACACAUAUGCCGACCCUGAGAAUGUUGUUACCUGUCCCCCUUGUCCUAACCUUACCAAAAACUGCCCUCCUUGUGCUGGCCAUGGCGUGACUUACCACAAUUGGCCAGUAAAGGCUGCGGACGAUAACAUCAAUGUUCCUAAUCUCAAGAAAAUCAUCGAUACUGCAGUACCUAACAUCACGGCACUUCAAGACGUCAUUCUUGGGAGUUUCAUCCAGAUGCGUAUCGGGGUCAUGGAUGCUUCGGACGAAGACGUCGCUACUGCGCUCAGCAUGCCCGUUUUCAUGAUUGCAGACACAACCGAACAAAUGAAGAACAUUACAAAAAUCGGCAAAGAACAGGAAGCGGCCGAUGAGAAGGCUAAAAUCAGUUUCAUCUUGGACAUUGUCAGCAUUGUUCUUAUGAUCAUUCCGUUCGCUGGAGAGGCAGUCGAGGCGAUUGGUGGCGUGGCGAACGUUGCCCGUGCGGCUUGGGUUAUCGGCGAGGCUGGCAACGCAGCUCUUUCUAUCUAUGAUAUUGUGAAGGAACCAUCUUCAGCUCCCUUCGCCAUCCUUGGUCUCGUCAUGGGAGCCGAUGCCUCGGUUGUUGGCAGGGCUAGCAAGUCGACUUUCACCAAAGCUGCUGCUUUCCGGAAAGCGAUGACCGAUGAUACUCUGAGCUCCUUCAGCAAAGAGUUCCGGACGAAUGAUGCAAUUAUACAGGACAUUAUAAAAGCUUGUAAAAAGGCUUGA